AUGGAAGAAGGCCGUCCAGGGAAGAAAAUGCAACCUGUAUUCAGUACUGGUCAUGAUGAAGAAGCUGUUGUGGAUAUGGGCAAAAUCAGCUCCACUAUAAAUACAAACUUUGAGAAAGAAGAACUAGAGAGCCACAGAGCUGUGUAUAUUGGAGUUCACGUCCCAUUUGGAAAGCAAGGCCGUCGACGGCACAGACAUCGUGGGCACAGGCAUCACAGAAGAAAAAGAGAAAAAGAAACUGACAGAGAGGAUGGCCGAGAAUCUCCAUCAUAUGACACACCAUCCCAACGCGUGCAGUUUAUCUUGGGUACUGAAGAUGAUGAUGAACACAUUCCCCAUGAUCUCUUCACUGAAAUGGAUGAACUUUGCUUCAGGGACGGAGAAGAGUAUGAAUGGAAAGAAACAGCUAGGUGGCUGAAAUUUGAAGAGGAUGUUGAAGAUGGUGGUGAUCGAUGGAGCAAGCCUUAUGUAGCAACUCUGUCUCUGCACAGUCUCUUUGAGCUGCGAAGCUGUAUUCUUAAUGGGACGGUCAUGUUGGACAUGAGAGCAAACACACUUGACGAGAUAGCAGAUAUGGUUUUGGACAACAUGAUUGCCUCUGGCCAGCUGGAUGAAUCCAUAAGAGAGAACGUGAGAGAGGCUCUUCUGAAAAGGCACCAUCAUCAGAAUGAGAAAAAAUUCAGCAAUCGGAUUCCCCUGGUUCGAUCCUUUGCAGAUAUAGGCAAGAAACAUUCUGACCCUCACUUGCUUGAAAGAAAUGGGGAAGCCCUUCCCCCCCCCCGCCACUCUUUGCGAACAGGUCUCUCUGCCUCAAAUAUAUCCUUGAGAGGAGAAAACCGUUUGUCAGUUCUUCUCAAUUACCUUCUUCCUUCUUCAAGAGCUGGAACCCCGGCAGCCUCAAGGUGUACAACCCCCGUAACUACCCCUCAAAACACACCACCCUCCAGCCCUACCUGCAGCCACCCGCCAACCACAAGUGCCCAGCCAAAUCCACUUCAGGGCAAGGAAUUGCUGGUGUCACCUGCCAGCGAUGAUAUUCCUUCAGUAAUAAUCCACCCACCUGAGGAGGACUUAGAAGUGCAGGAAAGCCAGGCAAAGAAGACAGAGGAAAAUACUGACAAAGCACCAGGGCUAUUAGCAUCUCCACAGUCAGCACCUGGAAAUUUAGACACUGGGAAAAGUGGAGACAUUAAAGGUACUGGGACAGGAGGAAGCAGAGAAAACAGCACGGUUGAUUUCAGUAAGGUUGAUAUGAACUUCAUGAGGAAAAUUCCUUCAGGAGCAGAAGCAUCAAAUGUGUUAGUGGGAGAAGUAGAUUUUUUAGAAAGACCUAUUAUUGCUUUUGUGAGGCUCUCCCCUGCUGUUCUUCUCUCGGGUCUCACAGAGGUUCCGGUUCCUACACGGUUUUUGUUUUUGUUGCUGGGACCAGCAGGAAAAGCUCCACAGUACCAUGAAAUUGGAAGAUCAAUAGCAACACUUAUGACAGAUGAUGUUUUCCAUGAUGUUGCCUAUAAAGCAAAAGACCGAAAUGAUUUAUUGUCAGGAAUUGAUGAAUUUUUAGACCAAGUAACAGUCCUGCCUCCAGGAGAAUGGGAUCCAUCUAUACGAAUUGAGCCACCAAAAAAUGUUCCUUCCCAGGAGAAAAGGAAGGUACCUAAAUUUCCAAAUGGAUCUACUUCUACAGGAGAGACUCUCAAACAAGAAGGGCAUCAUGCUGGACCUGAACUUGAGAGAACUGGAAGGCUUUUUGGUGGUUUGAUACUUGACAUCCAAAGGAAAGCACCUUUUUUCUUGAGUGACUUCAAGGAUGCAUUAAGCCUGCAGUGCCUGGCCUCGAUUCUUUUCCUAUACUGUGCCUGUAUGUCUCCUGUAAUCACUUUUGGAGGGCUCCUGGGAGAAGCUACACAAGGCAGAAUAAGUGCAAUAGAGUCUCUCUUUGGAGCCUCAUUAACUGGGAUUGCCUAUUCUCUCUUUGCUGGGCAACCUCUUACUAUUUUGGGGAGCACCGGACCAGUUCUAGUAUUUGAAAAAAUAUUAUUUAAAUUUUGCAGGGAUUAUGGUCUUUCCUACCUCUCCUUGCGAACUAGCAUUGGUCUGUGGACUGCACUUUUUUGCGUAGUGCUUGUAGCCACAGAUGCCAGCAGCCUUGUGUGUUACAUCACUCGAUUUACUGAGGAGGCUUUCGCAGCGCUUAUAUGCAUCAUAUUUAUUUAUGAGGCAUUGGAAAAGCUUUUUCAUUUGGGAGAAUUGUAUGCCUUCAAUAUGCACAAUGAUUUGGAUAAACUGACUUUCUAUUCAUGUGUGUGUUCUGAGCCUGAGCAACCCAGCAAUGAAACUUUGCAAGUGUGGAGGAGAAUGAAUAAGUCUGUGGAAAAUAUAGCAUGGAGUAACCUUACAGUUACUCAAUGUUUAGAUUUUCAUGGUGUGUUUCGUGGAUCAGCUUGUGGCCAUCGUGGACCAUAUAUUCCAGACGUUCUCUUCUGGUCUGUCAUACUAUUCUUUACAACAUUUUUCCUCUCCUCUUUCCUUAAGCAAUUCAAGACCAAACGCUAUUUCCCAACUAAGGUGCGUUCUACCAUCAGUGACUUUGCAGUAUUUCUGACCAUAGUAAUCAUGGUUUUGAUUGACUAUCUUGUAGGAGUACCUUCUCCUAAGCUUCAUGUUCCAGAGAAGUUUGAACCCACUCGAAAAGACCGAGGAUGGUUCAUAAAUCCUCUUGGAGUCAAUCCGUGGUGGACACUCUUGAUAGCUGCUAUUCCUGCUUUACUCUGUACCAUUCUUAUUUUCAUGGAUCAACAAAUAACAGCUGUUAUUAUAAACAGGAAAGAGCAUAAGCUGAGGAAAGGCUGUGGUUAUCAUCUUGAUCUGCUCAUGGUUGGUGUUAUGCUGGGGUUAUGUUCUAUCAUGGGCUUACCGUGGUUUGUUGCUGCAACUGUCCUAUCUAUAAGCCAUGUCAAUAGCCUGAAAGUUGAAUCUGAAUGCUCAGCACCAGGAGAGCAACCGAAGUUUUUGGGAAUCCGGGAGCAACGAGUGACAGGAUUGAUGAUUUUUGUCCUGAUGGGGCUGUCAGUGUUCAUGACCUCUGUGUUAAAGUUUAUUCCAAUGCCAGUUCUAUAUGGUGUCUUUCUUUACAUGGGAGUAUCUUCAUUAAAAGGCAUUCAGUUUUUUGAUCGUAUAAAAUUAUUUGGAAUGCCUGCCAAACAUCAACCUGACCUGAUUUAUCUGCGUUAUGUGCCACUUUGGAAGGUCCAUAUCUUUACAGUUGUUCAGCUCACUUGUCUAGUUCUGUUGUGGGUGAUUAAAGCCUCUGCAGCUGCUGUUGUUUUCCCUAUGAUGGUUCUAGCGUUAGUGUUCAUUCGCAAGCUCAUGGAUUUAUGUUUCACCAAAAGAGAGCUUAGCUGGCUUGAUGAUCUUAUGCCAGAAAGUAAAAAGAAGAAAGAAGAUGACAAAAAGAAAAAACAGAAGGCAGAAGCAGAGAGAAUGCUUCGGACAGGGGACAGCGAAAGUGUACACCUUGCAUAUGGAGAAGCAAAUUUGGAUUUUCCUGUAAAAACCCUAAAAUACAGUGUUGAUCCCUCAAUUGUAAACAUAUCAGACGAAAUGGCCAAAACUGCACAGUGGAAGGCUCUUGCCAUGAGUACUGAGAAUGCCAAAGUAACCAGAGCUAACCUGAGCCCUGAAAAACCAGAAAGUGUGAAAAUAAAUGUGGAAGAUUUGCCUGUUGUGAAAUACGUGGAUGCUGAAACGUCUUUAUAGAACUGAAUCAAGGGGAAUUGCGUGUAUUUGUGUGUGUGUAUAUAUCACUGUAGGAUAUUCUACCAUUGGAGUGUGAUUUCCAUUUUAAGGAGCAACAUUUAUUUAAUUCUGCCAUUCUUUAGGGCACUGUAGAUAUGCUUGCAUAAUGAGAAGAUUUUCCUAUGAAUGAGUGGUAAUCACACUUCAGCUAUUUAUUUUAUUGGAAAUUUUAUUUUCAUUUUUAAAUAGGAAGAUUGUAAUGAAUGCUUAUUAUUUUCAAUAAUCAAUAUGUGCAUAAAAGUUAAAUCAGCUUUCGCUGAUGAUUACUGGUCCACAUUGCUUAAAAUUCUGCAAAUACCUCUGUUUGUAGUGCGCUACCGCAGUUUGUUUUCCAUGCAGGCAAUUACUGUUUGUUUAUGCAGGGUAUACUUUUUGUGAUUCAUAGAACAAAUAUUAAUGUGCAGUUGACAAGAACUACUGUGUUUUAGGUCUCCACUACAUGCUAGUGUUUUCUGGAUUCUGUCUCUCCUGUUUUAGAGAAGUGGCCUAGAACCCUAAGUCAGGUGGUUAGAUAAUCCUUAAAAUAUAGAUAAAUGCUCCGUUCUGCUACUUUUUUUUUUAUUUACUCUUGAUUUUUUCACUAUUGUCCAGUAGCAGUACGAGUGCAGUAAUUGUUGUUACAGUCCC